GGCAACAUGGCCUCGGCUGGUAACGCCGCCGGGGCCCUGGGCAGGCAGGCCGGCGGCGGGAGGCGCAGACGGACCGGGGGACUGCACCGCGCCGCGCCGGACCGGGACUAUCUGCACCGGCCCAGCUACUGCGACGCUGCCUUCGCUCUGGAGCAGAUUUCCAAGGGGAAGGCUACUGGCCGGAAAGCACCGCUGUGGCUGAGAGCGAAGUUUCAGAGACUCUUAUUUAAACUGGGUUGUUACAUUCAAAAGAACUGCGGCAAGUUUUUGGUUGUGGGUCUCCUUAUAUUUGGGGCCUUCGCUGUGGGAUUAAAGGCAGCUAAUCUCGAGACCAACGUGGAGGAGCUGUGGGUGGAAGUUGGUGGACGAGUGAGUCGAGAAUUAAAUUAUACCCGGCAGAAGAUAGGAGAAGAGGCUAUGUUUAAUCCUCAACUCAUGAUACAGACUCCAAAAGAAGAAGGCGCUAACGUCCUAACUACAGAGGCCCUCCUACAACACCUGGACUCAGCACUCCAGGCCAGCCGUGUGCACGUCUACAUGUAUAACAGGCAAUGGAAGUUGGAACAUUUGUGCUACAAAUCGGGGGAACUUAUCACAGAGACAGGUUACAUGGAUCAGAUAAUAGAGUACCUUUACCCUUGCUUAAUCAUUACACCUUUGGACUGCUUCUGGGAAGGGGCGAAGUUGCAGUCAGGGACAGCGUACCUCCUAGGUAAGCCUCCUUUGCGAUGGACAAACUUUGACCCCUUGGAAUUCCUAGAAGAGUUAAAGAAAAUAAACUACCAAGUGGACAGCUGGGAGGAGAUGCUGAAUAAAGCUGAAGUUGGCCACGGGUACAUGGACCGGCCCUGCCUCAACCCAGCCGACCCAGAUUGCCCUGCCACAGCCCCCAACAAAAAUUCAACCAAACCUCUUGAUGUGGCCCUUGUUUUGAAUGGUGGAUGUCAAGGUUUAUCCAGGAAGUAUAUGCAUUGGCAGGAGGAGUUGAUUGUGGGUGGCACAGUCAAGAAUGCCACUGGAAAACUGGUCAGCGCUCAUGCCCUGCAGACCAUGUUCCAGUUAAUGACUCCCAAGCAAAUGUACGAGCACUUCAGGGGCUACGAAUACGUCUCUCAUAUCAACUGGAACGAGGAUAGGGCAGCAGCCAUCUUGGAGGCGUGGCAGAGGACUUAUGUGGAGGUGGUUCACCAAAGCGUUGCGCCUAAUUCCACUCAGAAGGUGCUCUCCUUCACCACCACAACCCUGGACGACAUCCUAAAAUCCUUCUCCGAUGUCAGUGUCAUCCGAGUGGCCAGCGGCUACCUACUGAUGCUCGCCUAUGCGUGUUUAACCAUGUUACGCUGGGACUGCUCCAAGUCCCAGGGUGCCGUGGGGCUGGCUGGCGUCUUGUUGGUCGCGCUGUCAGUGGCCGCAGGAUUGGGCCUCUGCUCCCUGAUCGGGAUUUCCUUUAACGCUGCGACAACUCAGGUUUUGCCAUUUCUUGCUCUCGGUGUUGGUGUGGAUGACGUCUUCCUCCUGGCACACGCAUUCAGUGAAACAGGACAAAACAAAAGGAUUCCGUUUGAGGACAGGACCGGGGAGUGCCUCAAGCGCACAGGAGCCAGCGUGGCCCUCACCUCCAUCAGCAAUGUCACUGCCUUCUUCAUGGCUGCCUUAAUCCCUAUCCCUGCACUUCGAGCCUUCUCCCUCCAGGCUGCUGUGGUAGUGGUGUUCAAUUUUGCUAUGGUGCUGCUCAUUUUUCCUGCGAUUCUCAGUAUGGAUUUAUACAGACGCGAAGACAGAAGAUUGGAUAUUUUCUGCUGUUUUACAAGCCCCUGUGUCAGCAGGGUGAUUCAGGUUGAACCACAGGCCUACACAGAGCCUCACAGUAACACCCGUUACAGCCCCCCACCCCCCUACAGCAGCCAUAGCUUCGCCCACGAAACACACAUCACCAUGCAAUCCACCGUUCAGCUCCGCACAGAGUACGACCCUCAUACACAUGUGUACUACACCACUGCCGAGCCAAGAUCCGAGAUCUCUGUGCAGCCUGUCACCGUCACCCAGGACACCCUCAGCUGUCAGAGCCCCGAGAGCACCAGCUCCACCAGGGACCUGCUUUCCCAAUUCUCAGACUCCAGCCUUCCCUGCCUCGAGCUCCCCUGCACCAAGUGGACACUGUCUUCGUUUGCAGAGAAGCACUAUGCUCCUUUCCUCUUGAAACCCAAAGCCAAGGUUGUCGUAAUCCUCCUUUUCCUGGGCUUGCUGGGGGUCAGCCUCUAUGGAACCACACGAGUGAGAGACGGACUGGACCUCACGGACAUCGUCCCUCGGGAAACCAGAGAAUAUGACUUCAUUGCUGCACAGUUCAAAUACUUUUCUUUCUACAACAUGUAUAUAGUCACCCAGAAAGCAGACUACCCAAAUAUCCAACACCUCCUUUAUGACCUUCAUAAGAGUUUCAGCAACGUGAAGUAUGUCAUGCUGGAGGAGAACAAGCAACUUCCCCAGAUGUGGCUGCACUACUUCAGAGACUGGCUCCAAGGACUUCAGGAUGCGUUUGACAGUGACUGGGAAACUGGGAGGAUCGUGCCAAACAAUUACAAAAAUGGAUCGGACGACGGGGUCCUCGCCUACAAACUCCUGGUGCAGACUGGCAGCAGAGACAAGCCCAUCGACAUUAGUCAGCUGACUAAACAGCGUCUGGUGGAUGCAGAUGGCAUCAUUAAUCCCAGCGCUUUCUACAUCUACCUGACGGCUUGGGUCAGCAACGACCCUGUAGCUUAUGCUGCCUCCCAGGCCAACAUCCGGCCUCACCGACCAGAAUGGGUCCACGACAGAGCCGACUACAUGCCCGAGACCAGGCUGAGAAUCCCAGCAGCAGAGCCCAUCGAGUAUGCUCAGUUCCCUUUCUACCUCAACGGCCUGCGAGACACCUCGGACUUUGUGGAAGCCAUUGAAAAAGUGAGAGUCAUCUGCAACAACUACACAAGCUUAGGGCUGUCCAGCUACCCCAACGGCUACCCCUUCCUCUUCUGGGAGCAGUACAUCAGCCUCCGCCACUGGCUGCUGCUAGCCAUCAGCGUGGUGCUUGCCUGCACGUUUCUAGUGUGCGCGGUCUUCCUGCUGAACCCCUGGACAGCUGGGAUCAUUGUCAUGGUCCUGGCUUUGAUGACAGUUGAGCUCUUCGGCAUGAUGGGCCUCAUUGGAAUCAAGCUGAGUGCCGUGCCUGUGGUCAUCCUGAUUGCAUCUGUGGGCAUCGGAGUGGAGUUCACCGUCCAUGUGGCUUUGGCCUUUCUGACAGCCAUUGGUGACAAGAACCACAGGGCUAUGCUUGCCCUGGAGCACAUGUUCGCUCCUGUUCUGGAUGGUGCUGUGUCCACUCUGCUGGGUGUACUGAUGCUUGCAGGGUCCGAAUUUGAUUUCAUUGUCAGAUACUUCUUUGCUGUCCUGGCGAUCCUCACCAUCUUGGGAGUUCUCAACGGACUGGUUUUGCUGCCUGUCCUCUUGUCCUUCUUUGGGCCAUGUCCUGAGGUGUCUCCAGCCAAUGGCCUGAACCGGCUGCCCACUCCUUCGCCUGAGCCGCCCCCAAGCGUUGUCCGGUUCGCAGUGCCUCCUGGCCACAUGAACAAUGGGUCUGACUCCUCUGACUCAGAGUACAGCUCUCAGACCACAGUGUCUGGCAUCAGUGAGGAACUCAGGCACUACGAGGCACAGCAGGGAUCCGGAGGAGGUCCUGGCCACCAAGUGAUCGUGGAAGCCACAGAAAACCCCGUCUUUGCCCGGUCCACUGUGGUCCAUCCUGAAUCGAGACAUCACCCUCCCUUGAACCCUCGGCAGCAGCCUCACCUGGACCCUGGCUCCCUGUCUCCUGGACGACAAGGCCAGCAGCCUCGAAGGGAUCCCCCCAGAGAAGGCUUGCGGCCACCCCCGUACAGGCCGCGAAGAGACGCUUUUGAAAUUUCUACUGAAGGGCAUUCUGGCCCUAGCAAUAGGGACCGCUCAGGACCCCGUGGGGCCCGUUCCCACAACCCUCGGAACCCAACGUCCACUGCCAUGGGCAGCUCUGUGCCCAGCUAUGGCCAGCCCAUCACUACUGUGACGGCUUCCGCUUCUGUGACUGUUGCUGUACAUCCCCCACCUGGACCUGGGCGCAACCCCCGAGGGGGACCCUGUCCGGGCUAUGAGAGCUACCCAGAGACUGACCACGGGGUGUUCGAGGAUCCCCAUGUGCCUUUUCAUGUCAGGUGCGAGAGGAGGGACUCGAAGGUGGAGGUCAUAGAGCUACAGGACGUGGAGUGUGAGGAGAGGCCGUGAGGGAGCAGCUCCGACUGAGGUGUGUGCUCCAGGGGUGCUUUCCGGGGUUACCUGAGCACUGGCACAGCCCAGACUGGACCCCGGGGGACCUUUCCUCCCCAAGACAAGGCUGAUGUGGCCAAACCAAUACCUUUCCAAACUGGAUUUUCUUUUCUUUUCACUAGUAACCUCUUUGAUUUAACGGUUUUACCUUGUAGCGGUUUGCUGCCCCUUGCAGCAGAGUUCUAACAAGCAUGCAAACAAAUGACCUUGCAAGGUGAAGAUGAUAGAUGAGAUGAAUUUAGUCAGCCCAUUGUAGAGU